UAGAUGGCUGCCGCAUAAACACAACUAAACUUUGGAUAUUAAAUUAAUUAAAACUUUGUUUGUGGUUGAUAAAAAUAGUUUUUAAAAAUGGCGCGCGAGGGAAAAAUUGACUGGGGUAUGUGUGACGUAGAGGAGAUUAAUAUGAAGACUGAAACCUUGUUAAAGAACGUACAGACUGGACUUCCUGAGCCACUUCCUGGCCCUGUGAAACGUUCAUUGAUCAAAGGAGAUUUUCUCUACUUCUAUUAUGGCUGCGAUGGACAAGAUGACAGAGGCUGGGGGUGUGGUUAUCGAACCCUUCAGACAAUGGCUUCCUGGAUUUACUUUAACUGCUCUCCUCAUAAGGACCAUAACAAAAUUGCUCCAAGCCUCCCAGAAAUCCAACAAGCCUUGGUUUCAAUGGGGGACAAGCCAGCCUCCUUCUCUGGAUCCAAGGAGUGGAUUGGAACGUUUGAAGCCUCUCUGGUUCUGGACUAUCUCUAUGAUGUUCCCUGUAAGCUGGUGCAUGUUAGAGGUGGAGGAGCAGAGCUGGAGCAGGUCGCUGUAGAAGAACUCCAUCGACACUUUGAAAAGCACGGUUCUCCGGUCAUGAUGGGGGGAGACAGGGACAACUCCUCUAAGGGCAUACUGGGGGUGUGCACUGGGACCAAUGGGAGCUACCUACUGGUUGUUGACCCUCACUACUUUGGAUCCAAACUGGAGAAGACAGAGCUGCAGAUGAGAGGAUGGGUGGCAUGGAAACCAGUAUCGUCUCUGGAUCGGUCUUCAUUUUAUAACCUGUGUAUGCCUCAGACGGACAGAAAGAGGACAUGAUAGAAAUAUUCUAUCUGUAAACAUGGUGCCCAAUUCUGUUGGUUGAGUAAAACUGAAUAAAUGUAAUGACUUUUCUUUUCAAACACUGUGUUUCUCCACAAAACGCAAUAUGGUAAAAUAAAAAAUAAAAACAAGAGAAAAACCAAAGAAAGAACCAUCUGACAUUCAAACAGAAGGAAGGAAGAAGCAAAUGCUCACCAUGGUCUCUCAUUGGUCAAACAUUGUGGUUAAAAUGUUAUUAUACAACUUAUUAUUGUCCACAAUCCAGCUAAUGGAAUUAUGCUAAAAAAUAGAAUUGUCUUAAAUAAAAAUAUUUGCAUUAUGUAUAACUGUUGUAUUUGUAGGAUAACAAGUGACAGGACUGUUUGGUUAUCCUGGUUUUACUAGUGCUUGCCUUCAUUUGAACCUUUUUGGAUUACCAUGACCUGGAUGACUGAGAGCCUUCACUAGCAUACCCGUUCUGUGUUUAACUGUAUUUUAUGGAUUUCUUAUUUAACUUGAUCUGCAUUUCACCUAAUAGGCCACGCCUAAAUGAAAACCAUUUUCCAGUC